UAUGACGUUACCACAAGCGGAAACUGUUUACGUUGUUGGACGUUCAUGGCGAUUCAAGGAGCUUUUUUCACACUUUAAGGGUUAUUAAUCGAUAAAUAACAAGUGUUGUAGGUUUAUUGGUGCUUUCCAGAAUGGGAAAAGCAGACUUUCUGUCCCCGAAGGCCAUAGCCAACCGGAUAAAGUCCAAAGGUCUCCAGAAGUUGAGGUGGUAUUGUCAGAUGUGUCAGAAACAAUGCAGAGAUGAGAACGGCUUCAAAUGUCACUGCAUGUCCGAGUCCCACCAGAGGCAGCUGCUGCUGGCCUCAGAGGACCCCAACAAGUUCAUGGACUAUUUCUCUGAUGAGUUUAAAAGCGACUUCCUGGAGCUGCUCAGCAGACGUUUUGGAACCAAGCGAGUGCACAACAACAUUGUCUACAAUGAAUACAUCAGCGACAGAGAGCACGUCCACAUGAACUCCACCCAGUGGGAGACCCUCACUGACUUCACCAAGUGGCUGGGCAGAGAAGGUUUCUGUAAGGUCGACGAGACCCCUAAAGGCUGGUACGUCCAGUACAUCGACCGCGACCCGGAGACCAUCCGCCGCCAAGAGGAGCAGGCGAGGAAGAAGAAGCAGGACCUGGACGACGAGGAGAGGAGCGCCAAGUUCAUCGAGGAGCAGGUCCGCAGAGGCCGCGACGGCAAGGAGCCAGAAGAAACUCCAGUUUACACAGAGCUGAAACGUGAGAGUGAAGAAGAGAAAAUCGCUUUCAACCUGGGAGCCUCUUCGUGUGUAGCCGGUCCUUCCAAAUCGAGUUCUGCCCUGGGUGCUAGCGCUCUCAAAGCAGCAGCAUCAUCAUCCUCCUCUUCGACCAAGAGGAAAGACACGUCCUCCAGUUCAGACUCCAGAUCGGAUAAGAAGAAGAAAUCUGCUCUGGAGGAGAUCAUAGAGAUGGAGGAGAGGAAGAAGAAGAAGCAGCAGCAGGUCAGAACAGAUUACUGGCUGCAGCCCAACAUUGUGGUCAAAGUUGUCACCAAGAGGCUGGGAGAUAGGUACCACAAGAAGAAGGCUGUCGUCACGGAAGUGCGAGACAAGUAUGCAGCGGUGGUGAAGAUAAUCGACUCCGGAGACAAACUGAAACUGGACCAGAAUCACGUAGAGACGGUCAUACCUGCACCAGGUAAACGGGUUCUGAUCCUGAACGGUCCGUACAGAGACACGGAGGCUGUGCUGGAGGGGAUAGACGAAAAGAACUUCAGCGCUACGCUCACGCUCGACUCUGGUAAGGAGAAGGGGAAGAGAGUGGACAUCGCCUAUGAGGAUUUCUCAAAACUGGCCUGAACCAACAACCUUCCUUUUCUAACCUCAGGCAGUCAGUUACCCUGAGGGACUCUCUACUGUGUCAGAGUUACUCCCCCCUCCCCACCCCCUCCAAGAUUCACCUGUACAUACACACACACAUCCCACAAUGCAAUUCCAGUGAGUUAUCGCAGAGAAAACAAUGUGUUCAAUUAGUUUUUUAUUUUGUAUUAAUGUUCAAGUUGAUCUACAACAUUGCAGAUGUACAUUUUCUCCAAAUAAAUUCAGCAAAAGUGA